AUGACGACGGUAAACCUUAAGUAGGGCAGAGGAACUCGGUUGUUGUUUCAAUUCAACAUAAAAUUACAGACAAGUCCUAAAGAAGCCAUCAUUUUCGCUGCGUCAAGAAAAUCGAACGCUGGGUUUCCUUAAGCAAGAGCCUGUAGUCUUUAAAUUUGUAACAUUUACCAGAUUCGUCACUAGAGCAUCCUGAAAGAUUCAAGAUGUCAAGGGUCAGUCUUAUAUCAUUUCUGGUUGUUUUUUUAUUGGUUCAUGCUUAUUUUCCUGCCAAUUGUUGGCCAAAUGGAGCUCCUGUAAACGUGUGUGAUGACAUGACUCCCAGGCAUGGUCAAAACAGACCAAAGCCAUCACGUUAUUCACCUUACCAAAUUACCCAAUCAGCGAACAGUUAUGAGCCUGGUGACGUGUUACAAGUUACAAUUAGGGGAACCAGAGAAACACCAUUUGAGGGGCUGAUGGUUAAGGCUUAUGAUCCAGAAACCGGAAGACCGAUUGGUUCGUUCAAAGGUGGUCUUGGUUUGAAAACCUUAGAAGAUCAAGGUUGUCUUGCCAUCACGCACAAAGAUUCUUUACCGAAAAAAGCCGCCGUUAUUCACUGGGUGGCGCCAAAUUUUAGUGGCCAGGUGGCGUUCAAGACAACCAUUGUGGAAAAUUUCAAUAAUUACUUUACCAACCUGGACGCCAUCGUGGACCAGCGACUGUAGACAGAGGUCAUACGAAUGCUGACCUACUUUUAUGAACGUAUUACACACUCUGUGAAUAAGAUUGAAAUAAUUACGUUCUAUAUAGAUAUCUUAAGAAUCAUAAAAGUUCAGAAGCAGAGUGAAGAAUAUUGUGCUCAACCUGAAUUUCUUUCGUUUAUAUGAAAGGUAGUUAAAAAGCGGAUUUCUUAACAAAUACAUUUUGUACUGAUUCAACAUUAGGCCUGACAGAUUUUAUUACUUGUCGUCGUAACCGAUUUUUUUGUAUGUACUUUGUACAACAACUUCCAUUAUAUUUUAUGUAUAUAAGGUGGUGGCGCUGAUACAUUUUAAAAGAAAUAUAAAUAUGUAUAUGAUUAUGUUG